AUGCUUAAAGAGAACGUCGAGCAACUUCUCUCUUCCUAUCGACUGUUUUCCAUUUCUUCGACAGAGAAAUCUCUGAAGAUUUCUUUUCCUUCUGACAGAACGGGAUUGGGAGUAUUGGCUAUAUACUGCCUUAUCUAUCUAUCUAUCUAUCUAUCUAUCUAUCUAUCUAUCUAUCUAUCUAUCUCAAUAACUGUUCAUAUCUAUCUAUCUAACUAUCUAUCUAACUAUCUAUCUAUCUCAGUCUUCAUAUCUAUCUAUCUAUCUAUCUAUCUCAAUCACUGUUCUUAUCUAUCUAUCUAUCUAUCUAUCUAUCUAUCUCAGUACUCAGUCUGUCUGUCUGUCUGUCUAUCUAUCUAUCUAUCUAUCUAUCUAUCUAUCUCAGUCUAUUCAAAUCUAUCUAUCUAUCUAUCUAUCUAUCUAUCUAUCUAUCUAUCUAUCUAUCUAUCUAUCUCAGUCCUCAGUCUGUCUGUCUGUCUAUCUAUCUAUCUAUCUAUCUAUCUAUCUAUCUAUCUCAGUCUGUUCAUAUCUAUCUAUCUAUCUAGGUCUAUUCAAAUCUAUCUAUCUAUCUAUCUAUCUAUCUAUCUAUCUAUCUAUCUAUCUAUCUAUCUAUCUAGUUCUAUUCAAAUCUAUCUAUUUACCUGUCUAGGUCUGUUCAUAUCUAUCUAUCUAUCUAUCUAUCUAUCUAUCUAUCUAUCUAUCUAUCUAUCUAAAUCUGUUCAUAUCUGUCUAUCAAUCUAUCGCUCUAUCUCAGUGUGUUCAUAUCUAUCUAUCUAUCUAUCUAUCUAUCUAUCUAUCUAUCUAUCUAUCUAUCUAUCUCAGUCUGUUCAUAUCUAUCUAGCUAGCUAUCUAUAUCAGCCUCUGUUCAUAUCUAUCUAUCUAUCUAUUUAUCUAUCUAUCUAUCUGAGAGUGUUGAAAGCGAGUAUUUAUCGUUGUUACUAUCUAUCUAUCUAUCUAUCUAUCUAUCUAUCUAUCUAUCUAUCUAUCUAUCUAUCUCUUCUCUCUCUCUCUUUCUAUUUAUCUUUCUCUCUAUCCUCUGUCUUCUUUAAUCACCCGCUAUCUGACCUAUCUAUUCGUCACAACAAUACUGGUGACACAAGCAAAAUGGUUGAAUAG